GUCAGGUCUGAAAAAGCAUGGCUACCGCGUGUUAAUCUGUGAUGUGUUUUCAUAGGUUUUAGUUCUUUUACUGUCUAAAGUACACUUUCUGUAACAUCUUGUUCGCCUCAUGAUUGACCAUGCUGCUAAGGAGGAUAUUUUAUCCAGCACUGAAUUUAAAGCAGGUGGGAUCCAUUGUAAACUGUAGGGUUGCUCAAGGAGUGACAUCUCGACCUUUACCUACCGUUUGUUGCUAUCGUCCGCCUGGCAAGGUGCAGUAUGAGGAAUGUAAUGGAAGUUUACAUUUCCAGCCAUGCAGGUAUUAUGGAAAGGCUGUUCCAAAGAAGCCAGAUGUUCCUAGCCAACUGGAUGGUUUGACCCCUACAAUGUUGAAACAAGCGUUUGUUCCAGUUAAACUUGCUGAACAAACUGAUGGUGUAGUUAAAAAACUGCUUACGCUGGAACUUGCAAGUCGUAAAGAGAAGCUGGAAGUAAAAAGAGAAGAGCUAAUAGACAAAGUCAGGAGUAGCCCAUAUGAUCGGAGUUCCAGUGAAGUGCAAAUUGCUGUUCUAACUGUGAAGAUUCGCAAUCUUCAGGAGCAUCUCCAUAAAUACCCAAAGGACAAGUCCAAUAAGAGACGAAUGCUUAUGGCAGUUGACAGGAGGAAAAAGAUGCUAAAGAAUCUUCGGCUUACUUCCUAUGAAACUUUUGAAAAUGUCUGUCAGCAGCUGGGAAUUGUUUAUACGUUUCCACCCGAGUAUUACAGAAGAGUGACUCGUCGCUGGGCUGCCAAGAAGGCUCUGUGUAUUAAAGUGUUCAAUGAGGUGAAACAGAAAAGACUGGCAGAAAAGCGAAAACUAUUAGAUGAAUCCUCUCCAAAAGAGACCUCUGUCUUAAAAGAAGGAACUCCCGUCUAACCAAUCUAAAUUUGCCUGUAACUUAUUAAAUAAACACAUUUUUACUAUUA